CUGAUUCUUCCUUCUCACAGCAAAUAUCGCGGGUUUGUUCUUCUGUCGUGGCGGCUCGCCCAGCUUCUCUUAGUGUCGUUUCUACCCCUUGACAAAGCUCACAGCUGUGUAUCCUGUCUGUCUUCGAAAAAGGCUGUAUCAUCUUACUAUCCAAACUUCAUUUUGUGCGACUUUAUGCGACUAGCCAUGGUCUCUGCCUCGAACAGACCAGCCAGCAUGCGGAUCCCGAUGGCAGGUGGCCGCGCCCUGCCGGGGAGCUCGAUGCGAGGACGCCGGAGGGCACUGAGCGCGAGUUGCGCCGAGAGCAGCCUGCCUCCCCUCUCAGCGUCGCACCUUGAGGCCCACGAAUUUCACUACACGCUCGCCCCAGAGGAUCAAGAGGUCGACCUUCAUCUUGACGCUGAUAUUCUGCCUCCGCCUCCACCAAGACGUCUUCGAUCAACUGAACCUCAUCGAUCUCUUAUCCCGACUCCAGGUUGGUCAAACCGUUCUUUCCUCGAUCCAGAUCUUUUGGGAUUGUCGCCACACCCCGUCACAGGCUUUGGCUUUCGACUCAACGAACCCAGAGCUCGAAACGCCACUAUUUACCUCGCUGCUGAACCCGAUUCCCCUUUAGCAGCAACAAUGAACGCCCCCAGAGACGAGCACCUGGAGGCGCUGGCUAGCCUCAACCGGGCUGCCAGACUGGGCGCGCAGUCUGCGCAGUUGCAGCACUCGCGCUCGAUAAUUCUCGGGCCGGCAGAGGAGUUUUUCGACUCCGCCUCUGCCCAAGCCGGCCGCCUGUACGGCCAGGCUUUCUUAAACCAAGGUGAGGUGACCUACCUCCCAAGUCGUCGCCUCGAGGACUGGCUGGAGGGGAUUUCGCUCUCCGAGAGCCCAUUUGGGCCGCAGAGAGUCGCUCUGCCCGAAGUCAGCUCCUCCAAUGGAGGCCAAGCUGGAAGCUUGGCGACCGUGAUGGAGGAUGACGAGGUUAAGAUGGGGGAGUCGACCACGGAGAACCGGCAGACUGGGACUAAGCGACAGGGAGCUGAUCUUGAGGCUGGCCCCAGCAAGCGAGUCAAGAUCGCCACGCCGUUCAGGCGCGCUCUUUCCCGCGUGAGCGGGGGAGCGGUGACUCGGUCGUCCGUGGACGACCACGGUUCGACCAUGGGCCGCGCUGGAACGGCCAUGUCACGCCACGUUGGUGAGAGCGGGAGAAGUACCCCGUUCAGCAUGAUGUCCCGGGUCUUUGUGCCUGCUCCGGUCAUCACCACUCGCAACUUCAAGAUUUGCGUUUUGGGACACCCGGGGACUGGCAAGACCACGUUCCUCAACCGUCUUGUGAUGGGGAGAUAUAUUCCCGGCGCCCCCUCUACGUCAACAGAGAUCCGCACCAUCAGCACCAUGAGCACUGGCGAUACUACCCGUCGGACCCUUGCCCAGGUCGAGCUGUGGGACUUUCCUGGCAUGAUUGCUGGCCGUCAUGACACCCAACUUCGGUCAACCUUCUUCAAUGCGGCCAUCAUCUGCUACGAUCUCGAGGAUUCCCGGAACCUGGAUGGCCUCAGCACGGUCGAUCGUCGUCCUACGUUUCCCAACUUGGGUUUGAGGUUCCUUGUUCCCCCUGAGCCCGCCACUGAUAUCCAGGGUGAGACUGCCGCCGCCGCCAUCAACGCGGCUGGCUUCGCCGAGUGCUCUGCCUUGACCAGCGAGAACUGUCAGGAAACUUGGCAAUCCAUCGUCGACUAUUUGGUCGACAUUCAGGAGAAGCAUGAGAAGGCUAUUGAGGAGUCCCGUGCAGGAAAAGGAAAGGAGAAGAUGUUGGAGAAGGCCAAGAAGGUCUGGCGUGGAUUUAAGAAGGAGAUGGAUGUGAAGUUGAAGAAGUGA